AUGCUAAACGAAACAACCUCACCCUCCUCAUCUUCUUCUCCAGAAUCACCACCCUACUAUACCCUUUCAUCAGACACUGAACCAUCUGACCCUCACUCCCCAAUUCUAGCUCAGCUCCAAACACGUGCUUUGGCCUCUCAACAGCCAACACAAUUCAUUCCUGAGCCAGAAGUUACCUCUCCACCCACAGCAAACCCAAACACAACCACAUCUGACUCUCCACCAUCCGAACCAAUUCUCUCUGAAUCACAACCACACAACUCUAACAUACCCCCACCAACAUCCGAACCAAUUCUCUCUGAAUCACAACCACAAACACCCACACUUCACUUAAGCCUUCCCACUUCUCCACCCCAAGCCUCUGAACCUGAAAACACCAUUCUAACCCUUGAGGAAGCAAUAAAGGUGUUUGCAGAAGCUUCGGUUGACAAGGUCAAGUCUCUGACCAUCAACUCUAGCAUCAAUGAUGAUCCCUCCGCUGUAAGGACUCACUGGAAUAGAGUGAUAAGUUGGAUGACCUCUGAAGCCUUUAAGCUGAAGGGCCUCUCUGAGCAAGUCCGCAACGACUUUAUCAGAGACGCUGAGAUCAGACUUCAGGAGCGUCUAGCUAGAGAAGCUGAGGAGCGGGCACGCAAAGAAGCUGAAGAGACAGCAAAGCAAGAAGAACUGCAAAAGAUCAAGGAAGCUGAACCCAAAGCUCUAGCUGAUGUCGCUGUUGCAGCUGAAGCUGAAGCAUAA